AUGGGCGGAGACGGCCCUGGGACAGCCAGAAAGGAGCCCUCACCUGGUGCGGGCCCUGUCUACACGGUGGCUCUGAUGGGGGUGGUGGCUGCUGCUCCUGCUGCUCUGAGCCCCUUGACCAGCCAACCACACAGGAAAGCAGAAGGCGGCGGCGGUGAUCCCUGCAUCGCCAAGCCCGGCCGGCAGCAGAUCUGGAAGCGAAGCUGUGCCACCCAUACUCGCGCUGGUGGAGGCAGCGACGGGGGAAGAAGUCCAGGAGGAGAAUUGGGAGCUAAAAAGAAGAAAAAGAAGCAGAAAAGAAAAAAGGAAAAAACAAAUUCCAGACAUACCAAAUCAGACUCUGCUUCUGACUCGCAGGAGAUUAAAAUUCAGCAACCUUCAAAAAAUCCAGCCAUUCCAAUGCAGAAGCUACAAGACAUUCAAAGAGCUAUGGAGUUGCUCUCAGCCUGUCAGGGCCCAGCAAAGAAUAUUGAUGAAGCAACCAAACGUAAAUACCAGUUUUGGGACACACAGCCUGUACCCAAGCUUAGUGAAGUUAUAACAUCUCAUGGUGCUAUUGAACCAGAUAAGGAUAACAUUCGUUUAGAGCCAUAAUCUUUACCGCAGGGUUUUACCUGGGACUCGUUGGAUCUGAGCAGUGCCGAAGUUUUAAAAGAGUUGUACAUGCUGCUAAAUGAAAAUUAUGUUGAAGAUGAUGAUAACAUGUUUAGAUUUGACUAUUCAGCAGAAUUUUUGUUGUGGGCCCUUAGACCACCAGGCUGGCUUCCACAGUGGCACUGUGGGGUCAGGGUAUCGUCCAAUAGGAAACUGGUAGGGUUCAUCAGUGCCAUUCCUGUACACAUUCGGAUGUAUGAUAGUGAGAAGAAAAUGGUAGAAAUUAAUUUUCUGUGCGUCCAUAAAAAACUACGAUCAAAGCGAGUAGCACCAGUCCUGAUCCGUGAAAUAACCAGGAGAGUUAACUUGGAAGGGAUUUUUCAGGCUGUUUACACUGCAGGAGUAGUCCUUCCGAAACCUGUAGCAACUUGCAGAUACUGGCAUAGAUCACUGAAUCCCAGAAAAUUGGUAGAGGUGAAAUUCUCUCACUUGAGCAGAAAUAUGACGUUACAGAGAACAAUGAAGUUCCACAGACUUCCUGAUGCCACAAAAACUUCAGGCUUGAGACCUAUGGAACGAAAAGAUAUCAAAGCGGUGCAAGAGCUGAUUAACAAUUACUUGAAGCAGUUCAAUCUCGCUCCUGUUAUGGAUGAGGAAGAAGUGGCUCACUGGUUCCUGCCUCAGGAUCACAUUAUUGACACCUUUGUGGUCGAGAGUUCAAAUGGUGUUUUAACCGACUUUCUGAGUUUCUAUACAUUACCUUCAACAGUCAUGCACCACCCUGUUCACAAAAGCCUGAAAGCAGCCUAUUCCUUCUACAGUGUUCAUACUGAGACCCCUCUCUUGGAUCUAAUGAAUGAUGCACUCAUUAUAGCAAAGAUGAAAGGGUUUGAUGUGUUCAAUGCACUAGACCUGAUGGAAAACAAAACAUUCCUGGAAAAACUGAAAUUUGGUAUUGGAGAUGGCAAUCUGCAGUAUUAUUUGUAUAACUGGAGAUGUCCUGGUAUGGAUUCUGAAAAGGUUGGUCUUGUAUUACAAUAAGGUGAAAGGA